AUGGUGACAAAAGAAAUCUGUUUAGUAAAAAGAUUAAUUUAGGUUAUUUCUGUUGAGUAGGAAACCAUGUAAAAAUUUUUAAUAAAUAUAGGUUUGGGUCCCAUUUUGAAUGCUUACCUAUGACAGUCAGUUAAAGGCUAAGUAUUUAAACUGUUCCAAAUUAUGUGGUCAAAUUGUGCUCUUGCCUGCUUUUAUUCUUGAAUUAUUCAUUCUAAUUGUCAUAACUUUUCUUUUCAGUUUCAUGCUGUAAAAUAUCUUUAAAAGAAUCAAUAUAUUUACUUAUUUGUUGCUUGGUUAAUUAACUUGAAAUGCACAGAUAAGUUUUAUUUAUCUGUUGUUCUUAAUUUUUAUACGAGUUUAGCUGA